AUGAGUUCCAUUGUCAGCAAGGAAAAAAUAAGACGACAUCAUAACAAGCUUGUGGGUCGCAUCCCUCCCGAGCUCGGCGAAAAGCUCAUGUCCCUGACUGCAAACUUCCUCAAGGAGAACAGCUUCACAGGGCCCAUACCGGCAUCACUGGCCAACAUGUCCUAUCUACAAUUCCUUGAUCUCUCCUAUAACCGGCUCGUGGGCUCAAUCGCACCAGGGAUUGGCAACAUCCAGAACGUGCAAGUAUUAAUACUGUCCACAAACAACCUCUCUGGUAUGCUUCCACCUUCUUUCUACAACUUGUCGUCACUGUCUCUUUGGGUCGGGCUCAGUAUGAUGUACGGAAGCAUUCCAACUGAUAUCGGAAGUAACUUCCCCAAGAUGAAAGGUCUUGGCUUGGGUAGAAAUCACUUCACGGGAACAAUCCCUUCCUCAAUAUCUAAUCUAUCGUUCCUAGUAGAUCUUUACCUGCGGGAGAAUAGGUUUAGUGGCUAUGUGCCUCCCUCUUUGGGAAGGCUAGGAGCUCUCCAAUAUCUAAACUUGGCUGACAAUGAGCUUGAAGCGAAUGACAACAAUGGGUGGGAAUUUAUCACUUCUAUGGCAAACUAG